AAAUUAAUAAGAUAAUAUAUUAUUGUAGUUUGUAGUUUAUGGAUUGUAAAAUGAUUGUAUAAUAUAUUCAAAAUCUUUAAGUACCUAGUUUCCCACAGAUCACAUUUUAAUCUGUGUAAUGUAUAGAUACCCCGAUUGACUUGAUUUAAGUUAAUCAAGGUAAAUGUUAAAUGGCAAAUACUAAAUAGUAAAUACAGAUUACGAAAUUACAGCUGGUGUUAGGACUGUUAGGAGGACAUGACUAUAUAAUUUGAAUCGUCUUAUUUGAUCUCGUGCUUAAAGUAAUAGGAUAUGAAAUCCAUUAAUGAAUGUAAAUAGAUAACAUUGAUCUCAUAUAAAUCAAGAGGUACCUGUGCAUUGAAGAUUCUGGAGAACAAAGACACAAUUAUGCCUGAAACUGGAUAUCAAGUUCUUAGUUCUGAAAGAGAAGAAGAAGUUCAUUUCCAGUUUACUCCUAAUGUAGCUAGAAACCGAUGGAAUCAUAUAGAAGACUUAGAUACAUUUUUUACAAGAAUCUAUCUUUAUCAUCAAAGACAUGGAUUUAUUUGUCUAAUUCUUCAAUCGGCAUUAGAUCUUUUGCAAGUGAUAUUCUUGUUGGUGUUUUCUUUAUUUCUGUUUUAUUGUAUUGACUAUCCAGUACUUUUCAGAGACAAACCAGCUGAUUCAAACAGAGUAAUAAAUGGUACUGAUAAAGUACGUUUAUCUGAUGUUAUUCUGCCUGCAUCAAAAUGUACUAGCAAGUUUACAAUUUUCACAUAUCUAUAUAUGAUACCACUAUUAAUGUUUGCUCUUUUCCGACUCAUGAAAGUGUUCAAUGUUGCUUAUCAUUAUGCUGAUAUCAAAGCAUUUUAUAAUGUUGCUCUUCAUAUACCUGAUAAAGAGUUACAAAACUACACUUGGCGAGAAAUUAUCCACAAAGUAAUAGAAGCACAAAAAGAACAAAAUAUGUGUAUACAUAAACUUGAUCUUACAGAACUUGACAUUUAUCAACGUAUUUUAAGAACAAAAAACUACUUAAUUGCUCUUGUGAAUAAAUCUGUGCUUCCUACACAUUUUAACAUACCAUUUCUUGGUGAUGUAAUCUAUUUUUCUAAUGGAAUGAAGUACAAUUUAAAUUUGUUGCUUUUCUGGGGUCCAUGGUCACCAUUUGAAAAUAAUUGGCAUCUGAAACCAGAUUAUAAACAACCUGGAAAGCGUUUGGAGUUGGCACAGUCAAUGCGUAAAACUAUUAGUUGGGUUGCUUUAAUUAAUGUAUUGCUAUCUCCAGUAAUUUUUACUUGGCAAUUAAUUUACAAAUUGUGUGACAAUGCUCAAAUGGUAAAAAAUGAACCAAGUGUACUUAGUAUUCGGAUGUGGUCCUUAUAUUCAAAAAUAUAUUUGCGUCACUUCAACGAACUAGACCACGAGCUCAGUGCCCGACUUAGUCGUGCAUAUGUGCCUGCAGCUAAAUAUUUACAAAGUUUUGCAGCGCCUGUUAGCGUUAUAAUCGCAAAGAAUACAAUGUUUUUCACAAGUGCUAUCAUGGUACCAAUACUUGCACUAACUGUGUAUGAUGACAGUAUUUUAUCAAUUGAACACAUGAUAACUAUAUUGAGUGGAUUAUCACUAUUAUUUUUGAUUUGUCGAAGUCUUGUUGAUGAUGAUAAGGAAAUUGUUUGUCAAGAAUCAUUAAUGACUGCUAUAUUGACUGAAGUUCAUUACCUACCAGAUUCAUGGGUUGGGAAAGCACAUACACAACAAGUCAGUAAUCAGUUUUCUCAAAUUUUCCCAUUCAAAGCUAAUUAUUUGUUUAACGAAUUAAUUUCACCAUUAGUCACACCAUUUAUACUGUUUUUCUGGCUUCGUCCUAGAUCUUUGGAAAUUGUAGAUUUUUAUCGUAAUUAUACUGCAGAAGUAGCAGGAGUUGGUGAUGUAUGUGCUUUUUCUAUGAUGAAUUUACGGAAAAAUGGUAACCCUGCUUGGCGUUCUCCUGGCCCUUCAUCGCCUGGUACCCCUACAGCAAAAUUGCCUCAAAUAGAUCAAGCUGAAGAUGGGAAAGUAGAAAUGUCUCUUCUCAGUUUCUCUGUACGGAAUCCUACUUGGGAUCCAGUGGAUAUUGAAGCUAAAGAGUUUGUUGAUGAAAUAAUUGCUAAGACGCGUCAAAAAUAUUCAUCCACUAGCAAUUCUAUAAUAAAUCCUUUUCAAAAUCAUGAUAUGAUUGGUAGUACAUUACAUAUUGCAGAAAUACCUUCCUGUUUAAUUGGGCUUGAUCAGAGCACACGAUUGUUGCAUAAAGAAGGUUUAACUGGUCGACCAAACCGAAUCAAUAGUAGUUCUGUAAUGUGCUCAUCAAUAUUUUCUUCAUCUGACUAUUUAACUUCAAUAGAAGUAAAUCAAAGUGCAUUGCUUUUACAUAGCAUUCAUAGAAAACAACUUGAAGAACGAGGCAAUCAUGCAAGCACUUCAGUUUCUCAAUCUGUUCUUAAAACUAACACCAAUUUACAAGAACGAACUCCUUUGCUAAAACCAGUUGCUAGGAUUAUCUGAUUGUAUUUAAUAAGAACCUCAAAAUUGCUGUGAUAUUAAUUAAGGUGUAGUAAUAUUCUUUUCCAAUAUUUUUGAGAUUAUAUUCAAUAUUUCAAGGAACUGUUUUUAUUGGUAUGACUAUUUUUAAGAAACUGAGAUUUUAUUGUGUGACACUAGUUUUUUUUUACAAUAAGCUUUGUAAUUAUAUGUUGUUUUUUUUUAAUAUAGUUAUUUCAUAAUUUUUAAU